GCGUCUCAGUCGCCCCCUCCCGCGGCUCCGCAACCUCCCGUCUGCCUCCCUCCUCUCCUCCGCCGGCCUGUGUCCCCUGCUCCCGGAGGAGGGAUGGUUGAUUUGGAGAGCGAAGUGCCCCCUCUGCCUCCCAGGUACAGGUUUCGGGAUCUGCUGCUAGGGGACCAAGGAUGGCAGAAUGACGACAGGGUACAAGUUGAAUUCUUUAUGAAUGAAAACACAUUUAAAGAGAGACUAAAGUUAUUUUUUAUUAAAAACCAGAGAUCAAGUCUCAGAAUACGCCUGUUCAAUUUUUCUCUCAAAUUAUUAAGCUGCUUAUUAUACAUAAUCCGAGUGCUAUUAGAAAACCCUUCACAAGGAAAUGAAUGGUCUCGUAUCUUUUGGGUGAACAGGAGUCUGCCUUUGUGGGGCCUACAGGUUUUAGUGGCCUUGAUAAGUCUGUUUGAAACGAUACUACUUGGUUAUCUCAGCUAUAAGGGGAACAUCUGGGAACAGAUUUUACGGGUACCUUUCAUCUUGGAAAUAGUGAACGCGGUUCCCUUCGUCAUCUCGAUAUUUUGGCCUUCCUUAAGGAAUCUCUUUGUCCCAGUCUUUCUAAACUGCUGGCUUGCCAAGCACGCCUUGGAAAAUAUGAUUAAUGAUCUACAUAGAGCCAUUCAGCGCACAGGGUCUGCAAUGUUUAAUCAAGUUUUGAUUUUAAUAUCUACAUUACUAUGCCUUAUCUUCACCUGCAUCUGCGGGAUCCAGCAUCUGGAGCGAAUAGGCAAGAAGCUGAACCUCUUCGACUCCCUGUAUUUCUGCAUCGUGACCUUUUCCACGGUGGGCUUUGGGGACGUCACUCCCGAGACAUGGCCCUCCAAGCUCUUCGUGGUGGCUAUGAUCUGUGUCGCCCUCGUGGUCCUGCCCAUUCAGUUUGAGCAGCUGGCCUAUCUGUGGAUGGAGAGGCAAAAGUCGGGUGGGAAUUACAGUCGGCACAGAGCCCAGACGGAGAAGCACGUGGUUCUGUGUGUCAGCUCGCUGAAGAUCGACCUGCUCAUGGACUUUCUGAACGAAUUCUAUGCUCAUCCAAGACUGCAGGACUACUACGUGGUGAUUCUGUGUCCCACGGAGAUGGACGUGCAGGUGCGAAGGGUGCUGCAGAUCCCCAUGUGGUCCCAGAGGGUCAUCUACCUGCAGGGCUCAGCCCUGAAAGAUCAGGACCUGCUGAGAGCGAAGAUGGACGACGCCGAGGCCUGUUUCAUCCUGAGCAGCCGCUGCGAGGUGGACCGGACGUCCUCUGACCACCAAACAAUUUUGAGGGCGUGGGCUGUCAAAGAUUUUGCUCCCAACUGUCCUUUGUACGUCCAGAUAUUGAAGCCUGAAAAUAAAUUUCACAUCAAAUUUGCUGAUCACGUGGUUUGUGAAGAAGAGUUUAAAUACGCCAUGUUGGCUUUGAACUGUAUAUGCCCAGCGACGUCUACGCUUAUCACACUGCUGGUCCAUACCUCUAGAGGGCAGGAAGGCCAGCAGUCCCCGGAGCAGUGGCAGAAGACGUACGGCAGAUGCUCUGGCAACGAAGUGUACCACAUCACCUUGGAGGACAGUGCGUUCUUUGCGGAAUAUGAAGGAAAGAGUUUUACAUAUGCUUCUUUCCACGCACACAAAAAGUUUGGUGUCUGCUUGAUUGGUGUUAGGAGGGAGGAUAAUAAAAACAUUUUACUGAAUCCAGGUCCUCGAUACAUUAUGAAUGCCACAGACAUUUGUUUUUACAUCAAUAUAACCAAAGAAGAGAAUUCGGCAUUUAAGCAGCAAGACCAGCAGAAAAGAAGCAAGGCCUCUCGGUCGCUCUACCACGGACCCUCGCGGCUGCCUGUGCACAGCAUCAUUGCCAGCAUGGGUACCGUGGCUAUAGACUUGCAGGACACAAGCUGCCGGUCGGCCAGCGGCCCUACCCUGGCCCUCCCCGCAGAAGGGGUCAAGGAGGUCAGAAGGCCCAGCAUCGCACCUGUUCUGGAGGUGGCAGACACGUCGUCCAUCCAAACCUGUGACCUUCUCAGCGACCAGUCAGAAGACGAAACUGCGCCAGAUGAAAAAAUGUCCUCAAACUUAGAGUACGCUAAAGGCUACCCGCCCUACUCUCCCUACAUAGGGAGUUCGCCCACGUUCUGCCAUCUCCUUCAUGAAAAAGUGCCAUUUUGCUGCUUGAGAUUAGACAAGAGUUGUCAGCAUAACUACUAUGAAGAUGCAAAAGCCUAUGGAUUCAAAAAUAAACUAAUUAUAGUUGCAGCUGAAACGGCUGGAAACGGAUUGUAUAAUUUUAUUGUUCCUCUCAGGGCGUAUUAUAGACCAAAGAAAGAACUCAACCCCAUCAUUCUGCUAUUGGAUAACCCGCCAGAAAUACACUUUCUGGACGCAAUCUGUUGGUUCCCAAUGGUUUACUACAUGGUGGGCUCUAUCGACAACCUGGACGACCUGCUGCGCUGCGGGGUGACGUUCGCGGCGAACAUGGUGGUGGUGGACAAGGAGAGCACCAUGAGCGCCGAGGAGGACUACAUGGCCGACGCCAAGACCAUCGUCAACGUGCAGACGCUGUUCAGGUUGUUUUCCAGCCUCAGCAUUAUCACCGAGCUCACGCACCCCGCCAACAUGCGGUUCAUGCAGUUCCGAGCCAAAGACUGCUACUCCCUCGCCCUGUCCAAACUGGAAAAGAAAGAACGAGAGCGCGGCUCUAACUUGGCUUUCAUGUUCCGACUGCCUUUCGCCGCCGGGAGGGUGUUCAGCAUCAGCAUGCUGGACACACUGCUCUAUCAGUCAUUUGUGAAAGAUUAUAUGAUUUCUAUCACCAGACUUCUGCUGGGAUUGGACACUAUCCCAGGAUCGGGGUUCCUUUGUUCUAUAAAAAUCACAGAGGACGACCUGUGGAUCAGGACGUACGCCCGGCUCUACCAGAAGCUGUGCUCGUCCAGCGGAGACGUGCCCAUCGGCAUCUACAGGACCGAGUCGCAGAAACUGACCACGUCUGAGUCGCAAAUAUCAAUCAGUGUGGAGGAAUGGGAGGACACCAAGGACUGCAAGGAGCAAGGCCUUCCCCGAGGCAACCACCGCAACUCCACCUGCAGUGACCAGGCGGACCACCCCUUGCUGAGGAGAAAGAGCAUGCAGUGGGCCCGAAGACUGAGCCGAAAAGGUCCAAAACACUCUGGUAAAACAGCUGAGAAAAUAACCCAGCAGCGACUGAACCUCUACAGGAGGUCAGAGAGACAAGAGCUUGCUGAACUUGUGAAAAGUAGAAUGAGACACUUGGGUCUUUCUACAGUGGGCUAUGAUGAAAUGAAUGACCACCAGAACACCCUGUCCUACAUCCUCAUCAACCCGUCCCCGGACACCAGGCUGGAGCUCAACGACGUGGUGUACCUGAUCCGACCAGACCCGCUGUCCUACCUUCCCAACAGCGAGCCCAGCCGCGACAGCAGCCUCUGCCGCCCCACCGCUCCGGACUCGCGGGAAGAGACACAGCUUUGAUGCCAAGAGCUUCCUGGACUUAUUUUUUUUCCUACCAGGAUCUUGCUUGAAAAAACUCUAUUUCUUAGGGGGAAAAAAACGUGUCACUGGCAUGAAAUAAACUAGACGGGAAUCUAGUCAAAUCUCUCAUAUUUUUUAAAAAAUCUAUUCUCUUAGAAGUAUAGAUUAUUUUGAAAUUUAACAUACUGCUUAUUGGUAUUCUUAUUAAUGUUUGAAAGACAUCAGUGGAAUGAACUUGGAAGCCUAAAUUAAAACACACAAUUUUAAACUGGAUAGUUCAUUGUUGGACAGUAAUUCAAACUGUAUGAGGGCAGUUUUAAAAUAUCUUAAGGUUUUAUGAAAGUAAAGUAAAAACCCAGCUAUAUUUGGUGCGUCACAUAGGACAUAGAAGAUUGUUGCCCCUCUUAAAAAUUAAAUGUGUUACAUUGUAUUCUUUAAACUUGCUCUUUUAUAAUACCACACUCAUCACAAAUGUCUCAUCUUCACUACGCAGAGGUUAAUGAACAUGUUGACUCACAUUUUUGUAAGAAUCAUAGUUUGCUUUAGCGUAUAAAUCUGUAAGUCAUCUUAACCUGUUUUGGUUGCCUAUUCAUUUGACACCACAUUUAUUUUAGAAUUUGAGAUGCUUCAAGCAUGUUUGGUUCAAUGGAAGAAACCAAAACAAAUAGAAAGAAAUACUGAGAACCUGACCUUUUCGCUAACUGAAUGCCUGACCCUCACUGUAUGCCAAGGAGAAUAUAAUAAAAAGUCAAUACGGAAUGUUCUCUUAAAAGAAUGCCUAACAUCAGGAAAAUACUUAAAACAUGUUUGUUGACUUAAAUUUAAUCCAAGAAUUGCAUCAUUAACUGAAAUAUGCAGUGAUUUUCACCAGACUAUUGAGCUUCAACAUUUCCCA